UCCAUUUAAUCCAACACAAUGAGUGACGCUUUCAUAGAGCAAAGCCACAUUCCUAUGUUAAUUUGACACUUAGAAUAGACGUGUUGACAGGAUUACGCUGGGUAAAUAGGUUGACCUAAGAUAAAUUGGUUUGAAAAACGUUGCAGUAAAUACAGUAGCAUUUAAAAUAAAUGUAUAGAAUAUAAAAUGCCGCAAAUCAGAGCAGUCAACAAACCCCACAGCAAAAAACAAGCCCAGAUAUAGCAGGAUAAUCGGUGGCGAUGUGACGACUAUUGAUCGGUAUCCAUCCGCCGUAGCACUGAUGGGAUAUGACUGCUUUGUUAAUGUUCACUACCAGAUGUGUGGCGGCGCCAUUAUCAAUAGUAGAUCUGUUUUGACAGCGGCUCAUUGCCUAACAGACAUUGUGCCGUUAUACUACCGGAAGAUGCGCGUAGGGUCUGCGUUUAAAAACUCGGGUGGUGUCGUUCAUGACGUUGCGAAAGUAAUAAUACAUUCCGAAUACAUAUCACGAACUGUAGUUAACGACAUUGGUAUAGUUCGUUCGAAAACUUCGUUUGAAUUCAAUGAAAACGUAGCACGCGGAGCGGUUGCAGGAAUAAAUUAUUAUUUAGGAGAUAAUGAACCUAUAUGGGCAAUUGGAUGGGGAAUGAUGAAUUUGACAACUGGCGAAGGAGCCGAGCAGUUAAGAGAAGUCCAAGUAUACUCAAUCAAUUGGAACAUAUGUGCGCAGCGCUAUAGUGAAAAUGGCCAGCACUUAGGAGAAAACAUGUUUUGUAUGGGCCUGUUAGACGUUGGAGGAAAAAAUACUUGUUUCGGCGACUCGGGAAGCCCUGUUUAUCACAAUAAUGCAAUCGUUGGUGUAUGUUCUUGGGGACCGUCACCUUGCGCAGACGCUCGAUUCCCUUCGGUUAAUACUCUCGUUUCAGCUUACGAAGAUUGGUUAAGGGCUAAUGCCUAGUUACCUUAUAAAUAUAGUUUGUAACGAAAAACUUAGUUAAUUUUUUAAUUUAUCCUAUAAAAUGGAAUCAAUCAGAUUAAAUUAUUCAAUCAAUAAAAGUAUUUUUAUCUUUAUGUGUUAUGGUAAUAAGAAGUAAAAAGCAAGAUAUGGAAAUAAUUGUAUUAGCAUAACCAAAAAGCCAAAGCCAAACUACUGAGAAAAUUAUGUUAUUUAAAUAUUGGUACGCUUAUUUUUGACAUGCAUUCAUAUAAUGUUAAGGACCAAGUAAAAAAAA